UUCAGCUGUUUGAUAUGAUAAGAAGCGAAAACCUGUGCUGUCUGAAUGAAUACUUGUACAACACAGCUAUGGUUUCAUGCCAAAAGCUUGGUUAUUGGGAGAAAGCUGUGAAGCUUUUGUAUGAAAUGGAAGGUUCAGGGUUGACAGUUUCAACUUCAUCAUAUAAUCUGGUGAUAAGCACUUGCGAGAAAUCAAGGAAAUCGAAAGUUGCAUUGCUAGUAUAUCAGCACAUGGCUCAAAGGGAUUGUAUGCCAAACACGUUUACUUAUCUGUCGCUUGUAAGGAGUUGUAUUUGGGGUUCCCUUUGGAACGAGGUUGAAGAUAUCCUAGAGAAAGUGGAACCUGAUGUGUCGCUUUACAACGCAGCUAUACAUGGAAUGUGUUUAAGACGCGAGUUCAAGUUUGCAAAAGAGUUGUAUGUCAAACUGAGAGAGAUGGGUUUAGAACCGGAUGGCAAAACCCGAGCGAUGAUGUUACAGAACUUAAAGAAACACCAAAAAUAAGGUUAUAUUAUAAAGUUCUACUCAUACUUCUUAGCAUUAAUAACUUUAGUCACGAGAAUUCAUCUCCAAAGUCCUUAUAAAAAUUUUACAAAUCUCUUA